CGCAGGUGCAAGUGAUUCGUGAUCGCGUCGGUGCGAAUAAUUCGGAGCGGUGUUUUGUGAAGCGAUUGUUGUAAUUUAAUUUUGCACGUUUACCCGUGAACAUGCAGGGUACAAUUAUCGAAAAUUUGAGCGGGAAAAAGCUCUCCGUACUAGUGACAUUGCUAGUUAUCGCGCAAGUGGUGUGCUUUUUAAUAGGCGGCUUAAUAGCACCAACUCCUGCCAGCAGUCAAAGUAUUCUUGGAACUCCCUGUAAGGACAUUCGGAUUAAUGGAACUGAACCAGGGGGUGGAAAGUGGUUUUAUUCUCGAGGAAAAGGUGCCUGUACAGCGGUUCAUUCUAAUCAUUUUAUUUACGAUAGUUACCAUCAAGCUUAUGAAGUCGUAUAUACAUUCCAGAUGCCAGUGCCAAAGAAUAGUUUGCAACUGGAUUAUUCACGUUGGCAACAGAAUCUUAUUGGUGUAUUGCAGAUAGACAUUGUGUAUGACAGUCAAAUAGAAAUUGCUCCAAGGACCAAAAUAACACUGGAUGCAAGAUUGGCAUAUAGGAAUAAGGAUGAUUCAGAAGAUGCUUGGAAACCAUAUGCAGCAUCAGUUGUUGAAAGGAUUUUAGAUUGCAGUAUUCAAAAUGAAAAAGAACAAUACAAUUACAAUUGUAAUAUACUUCCAUUAUUUGAAUUAGGAUCCUUGCAUCAUGAUUACUAUCUAUUAAAUAUACGCAUUCCUGCCGAUACUGACAGAAACAUUAAUCAAGGUUUGGGUCAUAUUACUGAUUUGUGGCUCACUGUUAUAAAUCAAAAUGGAGGAUUUACAAAAGUAUGGGUGAGCUUGAAGACAAUCUAUUUCCCAAUAAUUGCGUGUGUUCUUGCUUGGUAUUGGAGGAGAGUAAAUAUGCUUUCUCGGGCUCCUGCUCUUUUGGAAUACAUGCUUUUGGCAUUAGGUUGUGCCCUUACAUUUUUGAAUUUACCCUUGGAGUACUUGACACUUGCAUAUGAUAUGCCAUUUAUGUUGCUUCUGGGAGAUAUUAGACAAGGUGUGUUUUAUGCAACACUUUUAUCAUUUUGGCUUGUUUUUGCGGGCGAGCAUCUUAUGAUUCAAGAAGGAGACCAAAGAAACACUCUUAAGUGCUACUGGCGUCAUCUAUCUGCUGUUGGUGUAGGAUGUCUUUCCCUCUUUGUAUUUGAUAUGUGUGAACGUGGAGUUCAGUUAAGAAAUCCCUUCUACUCUAUUUGGGUCACAGAUCUUGGAACAAAGUUAGCUUUAUCAUUUAUUAUUCUGGCUGGAAUUUCGGCUGGCAUUUAUUUAUUAUUUUUAACAUAUAUGAUAUGGAAAGUUUUUACAAACAUGAGUGAGAAAAGAGCUGCACUGCCCAGCAUGAGCUCAGCACGUCGUUUACACUAUGAAGGAGUAAUUUACCGUUUUAAGUUCCUGAUGAUGACUACAUUAUUAUGUGCUUCAUUAACUGUGGUUGGAUUUAUUCUUGGACAGGUGGCAGAAGGGCAGUGGAAAUGGGAUGAGGAAUUGGAGUUGGAAAUGACUUCGGCAUUUUUCACUGGUGUUUAUGGAAUGUGGAACGUAUAUAUUUUAGCUUUGCUCUGCCUUUAUGCACCUUCUCAUAAGCAGUGGCCCAUUGAACCUUCUGGUAAUUACUCGGCAACAAAUAUAUAAGAAGAUGAAAUCAAUCAGAAAACAGUCUGAGUGAAGAAAUAGAAUUUUCUCGAUUACCGACCGAUCCUCAUGAGAUGUUGUCUUUGACAGCUUUCGCACGAAAAACGGCAAUGGAGUAAUUUUAAUCUGAAAAGUUUUAUACUUUUCCAUUUACUAAUAAUUGCAUGGUAGGCCUAGAUCAAUAAGGCACAAAGCUGUUGUGCAGUAUUUUAAAGGUAAAUUGACUGAGUGAUGAUGAAUAUUUUGUGGUUCCGUUUUAUAUGCAUCAUUCAUUUUACUGUAACAUCAUCACUUAAAUUUUUUAUCCGUUACGUUUAUUGCAAAAAUCAGAGCAGAAUUUUUUUGUGACAGAACAUGUUCACUUGGCACAAGUACUUAUAUUUGUAGAGUUUUAAUGUGCAGGGUAAGUACGAAGUCAGUAAAUUUGGAUAAAUAGAUUAUUUAUCACAUUAAUAAGUAAUAACUAUUUUGUUCAAUGACUCCUACGGAAAUAAACAUUUUUUGGGACGGUAAACUUUGACAAUCAAUAGUUUGCAAACAGCAAAACUGUUGGAUAUUCAUAAGUGAUAUAAAAAGUUUUAUGUCCCAAAAUAUGAGUCGACUGAUUUUUCUAUGUACAGCAGGUUUUUAUACGUAGCGUCAUGAUACAUAGUUGAUUAAUAUUAUAUUAGUGUUUAUGAAAAAUAGUGAGAAUCUCAACAAUAUCAGUGCACAGAAGACGAAAAGUUAUUUCAGACUGACAAUUUUUAAAGAAAAUUAAAGCAAUAGCAUUGUGCAAACAGGAUAUAACGUCUUAAAUUACGAUCAUGUAAUUAUUUAAUUGUCCAGUUUAUGUCGGAGCCUUCCAGGGGUUUUUAAUGUUUACAAUUUUUAUUAUAAACACGCUCCUUCAGUUUAAGCAACAUAUCGAUGUUGGGCAUUUACUUGUGAUUAACCUUUGAAGGUAUUUGUGCAUCCAGCUGCAGAAUUAGUAUUAGAGGAUCAGUAUUCAGUACUUAUUUUUAGAACUCAAUGUGCAAGUUAAGAAAUUAUCAUUGUCAUUUCUGUCAUUUCAUAUUGACAGUAUUCUCGUGGUGUACACGAGCAGUGAUAGGCCAAUUAUAUUCUUAGUAUUCAAUAUCAUACAUUCGCAUAUAAUUAGGUAUUUAAAUACUUCUUAUAGUUAUAAUCGAAAACGCGUAAAAAAUGUGAUAGUGCAAUAAUAUUAUUCAAACUAAUUGUGUUUGGCAUAUAGUUGAACGAUUCUAUUCUGACGUCAUAUAGUAUAAUGGUAAUUAAUAAAAAUACAGCGAAUAAACGUAGGAAAAUGUGCAGGAAAUCAAAAUAACAAGCCUACGGAGAGCUUAAGACUCCACAAAAUAUUAGUUCGUAAGAAAGUUGGUAUUAGGCAUGCCUGAAAAAAAUGUUUCUCAAUGCUUAAUCUAGACUAAACGUAGCUCCAUCCACGGGGUAUCAUUUUGUCAUGUCUACCAUUUAAAUAUGUAAGGAUAAAUGUACCAUUGUUUUUACAAUAUUGACUACCUUUUCGUAAUUUUUUAAAACUUUUGUACUGCAUUCUUCAAAAUAAAUGGAUUCGCUGGAAAA